GGCGCUUAUUGGUGACAUCAUCAGGCCGCGCCAAGACGAGCGGUGAUUAGUCGGCUAAACUCAGCGGAACGAGGGGUUAAAUCUAGAUGAGAUGGGGAUUAUUCGGCGUUGGGUACUGUCGAUUUACCCGGAUAUAUGUCUAGACAUUUUUAAAGGGACUAAAGAGAUCAAGAGUGGUGCUAAAAAUACAUUUGAGGGUUGUUUACUAGUUAGCCGGGUGGCUACACAACUCGACAAGUAGUUAAACUGCAUUAAGUCUGACUUGUAAAUAAUUAAAUAGUUCGUUUCGGAAUUUAUUAUCUGGAGAGCAUUAUGUACGAUCAUUAAACCGGGGAUGUUUAAUCAACUAACGUCAACUAACUACAUAGGACCAGAGUCAAGUGGAUAAACAUUGACAGGUCUUUAUCAGGCAGUUUAAAAGUUAUUUUAAGGGUUGAAUGUAAUUUAAAAUAUCUGUUUAAAUGUGGAAAAACUGGAUAAGAAGAGGAGCACAGGGUUGUGGAUGGCUGGUCAUGGUGCUGGCAGCUGUGUUCUGUCUUUUUACUGGAGUCACUGGUCAAGAUGGGAACACAAUGACUGCAGAGGAGAAGUCUAAAAUUAGGGACCAGAUUCUGGAGAUGUUCGAUCAUGCCUAUGACAGUUACAUGAAAUAUGCAUACCCAGCGGAUGAGUUGAUGCCCCUCAGCUGUAAGGGGAGGGUGAGAGGGCUGGAACCCAAUCGAGGGGACAUUGAUGAUUCUUUGGGGAAGUUCUCUCUAACAUUAAUCGACACUUUGGAUACCCUUGUGUUGUUAAACAAACUGGAUGAGUUUGAGGAGGCAGUCAAAAAGACGAUCAGUGACGUCAGACUGGACAAUGAUAUUGUCGUCUCCGUCUUUGAGACCAAUAUUCGUGUGCUAGGUGGGUUGUUGGGUGCACAUGUGAUGGCAGAAGUUCUGAAACAGCGUGGAGAGAGGAUGCAAUGGUACAGAGAUGAACUGCUGCACAUGGCCAAAGAUGUGGGCUACCGCCUCCUGCCUGCCUUUAACACCACCAGUGGCCUUCCAUACCCUCGGGUAAACCUGCGCUAUGGAGUCCUCAGCCCCCUCUCCCGUACAGGCACUGAGUCGGACACCUGCACUGCAUGCGCGGGGACCAUGAUCCUAGAAUUCGCAGCCCUCAGUCGACUCUCUGGGGACACAAUUUUUGAGGAACAUGCUCGGAAAGCUCUGGACGUCCUCUGGGAGAAGAGACAAAGAGGAAGUGACCUCGUUGGUACAGUUAUCAACAUCCACAAUGGAGAAUGGGUUCGCAGGGAUAGUGGUGUUGGUGCUGGAAUAGACUCUUAUUAUGAAUACUUGAUGAAAGCAUAUAUUCUUCUCGGAGACAAGGUGUACCUUGAGAGAUUCAACACACACUACAGUGCCAUUAUGAAGUACAUCAGCCAGCCUCCUUUGCUGCUCAACGUGCACAUGCACAACCCUACCGUGAACGUGCACAGCUGGAUGGAUUCUUUGCUCGCCUUCUUUCCUGGACUACAGGUUCUAAGGGGAGAUUUGAAACCUGCCAUUGAGACACAUGAGAUGUUGUACCAAGUGACCAAACAGCACAAUUUCCUCCCUGAGGCCUUUACCUCAGAGUUCAGAGUUCACUGGGGGCAGCACCCUUUAAGACCAGAAUUUGCUGAGAGCACAUAUUUCCUUUAUAAAGCCACAGGUGAUCCGUACUACUUGAAAGUGGGCCAGUCUAUAGUGGAGAAGCUGAACGCUCAUGCACGGGUCCCCUGUGGUUUCGCCGCAGUACAAGAUGUGAGAACAGGAACACAUGAAGACAGGAUGGAUUCCUUCUUCCUGGCCGAGAUGUUUAAGUACCUCUACCUGCUGUUCUCAGAGAAGAGCCAGUUGCCUAUAAACAUUGAUGAAUAUAUUUUCACUACUGAAGCUCACUUGCUCCCUGUAUCUCUGUCCACAAACCAGCCCCCCUGCCAUAGCAACAACACGGAACCUCAAGGAUCUCAUAUGGACGAUUUGUUUUCAUACUCCUGCCCCAGUGCUCAGACCCUGUUUCCCAACAACCCCACCUUUGCCAAAACUAUCAGGGAUAGUUACAAAUACCUCAAUGGUGUGGGCAGACUCCACCAGAACUCACCUGUAAGUGGGAUUAAACUGCCUCUUCAUGACACAGGCCUGGAGCCAGUGGAGUUUCUGAAGAGCAUGGGCAUCUCUCUAACACCCCUUUCUGAGCUGGCCUCUGCCAGUUUAGGCUUCGCAGCAGAGAACACUCAGAAAGGUGUUUACAAAUUAAAGCUGGUUGCUGAGGUUAGCCAAACUCCUGAGCAUGAGGAAGUGGUGCCACUGAUGGUGCAGCUCAUUUCUCCUCCAUUUUUGGGUAGAACGGUCCUUACAGGUGGACCAGCAAAGUUUGGAAUGGACCUUACCAAACAAGAGCACGGGUUGAAAGGCAGUAUUAUGAGGAGUGUUCCAUAUACAGCAUGUGGGUCCAUUGAGAAUGCAGUAGAGAUGCAGGGACACAUAGCGCUGGCAUUGAGAGGAGACUGCAUGUUUGCUGCUAAAGCUCGCCGCCUACAGGAAGCCGGAGCCAUUGGUGUCAUCUUCAUAGAUCACAGAGUGGGCAGCAGCUGUGGCAAGACUCCACUGUUUCAGAUGGUUGGAGAUGGGGAGACUAUAGAUGACAUCACCAUUCCUCUGGUGUUCCUCUUCAGUAAUGAUGGAGCUAUACUUACUGCCGCUCUAGAGGAACAUCACAAUGUGGACGUCCUUUUACUGGCCAAAGAGAAACGACUGUGUAAAGAAAAAACAGAGAAAUUGAACAUUAAAUUCCGUCUGGCUAAGGAUGGAGAGUUUGCAGAGGGGGAAGUGGAGAGCACUACCAUCCAGCUGGUGCUUGAGCAAAGUGAGGAGACCACAGAGACAGAUGUUGAUGGGAGAGAAGGAGACCAGGAAACCUGCACCUCUUCACCGAAAAACCCAGAGAGCAGCCCCUGACAGUGGGACCAGCCCAUAACAUGGUUCCCUUCACAGAAUGCAGAACCCGGAUAUUCAAACUCUCUCUUUCCCCCUUCUUAUAUUAAAGAUACCCUCACCUUGUGUAGUUUAGAGUUUGAAUUGGAUUGAUCUGCACAGAGUUAGAGGGCAAGACAUGCAAAAUCCUGUCUCUUUAUUGUGGUAUUUGCAAUGGAUUCUUCUCAAUAGUCCUCGGUUGAAAAAACAAGUGAGAAGAAGUGGUUCUCUUCCUCAUAUCUAAGUGGCUUGAAGUCUUUAGGACAGCCUUAACACAGGGCUCCUAUGACCAAAACCCCCAAAACACUGUUGUAGUCAUUAUAUCACAGAAGAUGUUUAAAUGAGGGAGAUUGGACCAAAAUACAUGACAUAGGUUAACAUCUCUCUCUCUCUCAUAUAUACAGGAUAUAUAUACAGUAUUUACAAAUAAAAAUCAGGGAAAUCAAAGACAAAUGACUUGAACAUCUUUGCAUGUGUACGUGGAGGUGGUAUGAGGUGGCCUUUAUCAUUAUGUCAUGGAAUCUGUGCAUUUCAUCAUGUGCCAAUACAAAGUCUUUGUGUUCGUGUGUGCAUAUGAAAAGAUUAUUUAUUUAACAGUUACCUCUUAAUUUAGCACAUUUUCACAUUCCCCAACAGCUUUCACGAGGUCCCAGGAUGCACAACACAUCAAACCAACAGAAAUGUCACACAGUGAUAUUUACAUAAUGGUUUUGAGCGAUUACAAAUACAUUUAAUGUAUACAGUGACAUUGUGGUUUACUUGGUGGGGUGAUAAUGACUGUUAAUCUCUUAUAUGUUCAGAUUUGAUCAUAAAGUUGAAAUGUUUUUAUUUACUGUAUGCCUCCACUUCCCCAUAUAUAUGUUUUCCAUCACAAUGUAAAGAAACACUAUUGUUUACACUAGAUUCAUUGCUGUUUCUACAUAUCACUUUAUCUGUUUUCUGCUAAAAAUCACCAAAGAAUAAUGUGCUUUUGUUAUUUUUCCUUCAAUGCCAUGUAUGAUUCGCACAUAGCUCAGCCUUUAUACUCAAUCAAAUAUGAUGGAUCUGUUAGGCUGUGUUAUUAUUUCAGAUGAUCUAUCACUUUAGCAUUGAAGACUGCAUGUAACUGUUCUAUCAGUCCCAAAAGUUUUCACUUCAAGUCUUGACACCUUGCACUGUUAUUAAUGUAAAUCUGUGUAACUCUCAAGGGCUUAUGACUGAUUCACUUUAAAGUGGGGGCUACAGAUCAGAUGGGAUUCUUAUUUAUUUCUUAAGAUAUUUUCUAUACAUUACUUCAGAUGCCAUAGAUAAUGUGUGUCAUAAGAUUAUGAAGAAGCAUUUUUUAAGGACAAAAGUGGUGGAAUAUUGUAUAUUGCUUUGACAAAAUGAUAUUUAAAGAGCUGAUUUUGUAAAGAAUGAUCGGGACUUGCCAUUAAAUCAAGUU